CUAAAGCCGUCAUCAAUUCGGUGUUGUCAUUUUGCUCUACAAAUUUCCAGGCCUGUUCUUAAUCUACCACAACCACUUUGAAGUCUCCUUGCAAAGCUUUCGUCUGCUCACUUGUCCUACUCAGAAGGCUUUUAGCUCAUGCUUCAACCUCCACUCAAUAUCUCGGCAAGAUUCAAAUACAUGCUUGUCUCGGGAAAAGUCCACAAGUAUUCGUCAAACCAUAUCUGCCCACCAUGGCCUCCGCAGGAUUUGUGAAUAUUUGUUGUGACGUCAAUGACAAGUUCUACUGCUUCCGCAUGCCACUCUUUCUCACUAACAUGAAGGAUGUCGCUCGUGCCCUAUAUCGCCUUUCCACGUACCUUACCAAAUUCUUCAGUUGUAAACCGGAUGUCGUCAGGGUUUUCAAAGCCUGUGCUAAAGGAACGGGUGUCGACGUGAAGCACAAGCUCGUCAUCUUCAUUUUGAAGAACCCGAGGAAGAGCAAGAAGGGUGUCAAGGGCAAAACAAAUGGGACUGGUGGUGGAGUCCAUGCAUCGGCUCCGUUAGUUCCUGGUGACAAAAUCGGCAGCAUGUCUGGUGAUGAUAGCGACGACGAGCUUACCAAGAAGAUCAAAGCCGAAAAUCAAACUUGUAGUUCGUCGACUAAUAUCUCUCGAGGUGCUGUCAAGGCUCGCGUCAAGAGAUUGGAUAGUCAAGUUAGCGGACUCUCGCAUACUCCGCCUGCUGGAGGCUCGGGAGAUGACGAUGUGAAUUGCCCAUAUACUCAAUUUGGUUGUCUAGUCGAACAGAACAAGAGCGAAGCAGACAUUGGUGCCAUGCACAUCUACCAGAGGGCGCAAGAGUUCGGAGUCGAGGAGAAACACAAGACUGCCCUUGUUCUUGGUGCGAAGGAGAUCGAUUUGUACAAGGCCCUGCCCGCAAAGACAGCUCUGUUGGGUGGUAUUGAGUCCCUCGUCGGACUCACUCACCCAAAGCUUAUCCCUUUCAUCGACAUUUUGAAAGAAGACGUAUUGACUCAAUGGGGUACUCAUGUCAGCAGGAAGUACAUCGAUAAGGAGACGAGCAAAAAAGCGAGGAAUGCUAGCGAGUCCUUCUUGAAGUGGCUUAAGGAGGCAGACGAUGAUAAUGCACAAUGCAUGAUAUGGAGACCUCGAUCAUAUUUCCAUUUUUACAUCUUCCUGUUACCAUGUUUCUCUCCCUUUGGUAGACAGGGCUUCAAAGUUUUAAUAAUAGUGCAAUAACAAGUCUGAGUCAGACA